CUCCUCUUCGCCCCGCGCGCCUUCACCGUGCACUGCAUGCAUGCCUACUGUAUUCUGCUGCAGUGGCGCGCGUGACGUCAAUGAAAUCUGGAGCGGUUCCUUGACUUGGGCGAAAAAUGGGGAGAAAAUUACGAGGGCCACAUUUAAGGACAGCACAUAAGAGGCAGCGCUGAAGGCAAGGAACCUGUGAGGACUUUGAAUGUGCCCGCGGGCCAGUGUGUGUCCCAGUCCAAUCAUGCAUGGUGUUGUGAGUGUACAGAGGUCUCCCAGCACACAAAGCCCCCCCGUCGCUCCUCUCCUCUUCGUCUAACUCCACCCCCAUCUCUCCUCCACUCAUCCCUCCGUCAGAUCAGCCAUGGGACGAUCUCUCCGCAUCCUGGCCGGUGCGCCAGAGGACCGUCUCUGCCUCCCCGCCGCUUGAGCCCCCCCCCCCCCCCCCCUCUCUCCCUGCCUCACUUCCUCCCCAGCGUCUCUGUGGGCGCGGCAUGGCCUCUCUGGACCUGCCCUACCGCUGUCCUCGCUGCGGAGAGCACAAGCGCUUCCGGAGCCUGUCGUCCCUGCGCGCCCACCUGGAGUACAACCACACCUACGAGACCCUGUACGUCCUGUCCAAGUCCAACAGCGUGUGCGACGCCGCGGCGCUCCUCCCCCUCGUGGCCGAAGGGGCCCUCCUCGCCCCCACCAACAACAACGACCCUUUCCAGCCCCUCCGACCCUCCUUCAAAGAACGACGGUUCCCGUGCCGCGAGCUACCCUGCCCUGACGACCUGGGUCUGACCCCCGCCAACUCCAACACUGCUGCACGUUACCUGCCCAAUGUAGAGUUUCCCCUGGGGGAGAUCUUCAUGAAGACGGCCAUGACCUCUGCGGAUCCCGGUCCCCACGGCAACCCUGGCAAUGCGGUGGCGGUGGCAGCAAACGUGGCGGCGAGCGCGGUGGAGGCGGCCUAUGAGGAGGGACUGGCCAGGCUAAAGGCUCGGGCCUUCGAACGUCUAGAGCUGGACGAGAGACUAGAGAAACUAUCUGAAGAGGUGGAGCAGAAGAUCGCUGCGCGCGUGGGCCGCCUGCAGGCGGAGCUGGAGAGGAAGAGCUCGGAGCUGGAGCGGGCCAAGCUGGAGAGCGAGCGGCUGGGCCAGGAGAAGCAGCAGCUGGAGGACAAGGCCUCGGAGCUCUCCAGACAGGUGGACGUCUCCGUGGAGAUGCUGGCCAACCUCAAGCAGGACCUGGUCACCAAGGAGGACGAGCUCACUCACAAACAACAGGAGGUGGCCCAGAUCGACCAGUUCCUGCAGGAGACGGCGGCGCGGGAGGCCAACGCCAAGGCGCGCCUGCAGCAGUUCAUAGAGGAGCUGCUGGACCGUGCCGACCGCGCCGAGAAGCAGCUGCAGAUCAUCAGCAGCUGCGGGACCACGCCCAACGGCAGCCUGGGACGCUGCAGCCUCCAGGGGUCAAAGGGCAACGGGCGCCAGAGAAACUCCAGUAACUCAGGAUCCACCAGAGGAAUGUACCAGGUGUCAGAGCAACGAUCAUCUCCCAGCACAGGUGGGAUGGGUCGGGUUCACUCCAUGUCCCAGGGCUCGGGCGGGUAUGACAGUGACAGUGUGGAUGUGCACCCCAUGGAGGAGUGCCCAGAGGCCCAGUACUACCACGUCCAGUGUCGGCUAGGUGAGGGCGGGGGCGCGGGGGCGUACGAGCGCCUCCCGGCGACCGGCGGGGGCUGCUCCCGGAGUUGGGGGCUCCGCAAGCAGGCCAUCCAGAACUGGCAGCGCCGGCCCUACCGCAACAGCACGGAGGGAGAGGAAGGGGACGUGUCGGACGUGGGCUCCCGAACCACCGAGUCGGAGGCGGAGCUGUGGGAGCAGGAGAGGAGGGCCGUGGCAGAGGUGCAGCAGUCUUCAGCACACCACAGAGGAGGAGGGGGAUACCGUUUGGGAGCAGGGCGGUCGGAGGGGGGCCACAACAAGCCAUGCCACCACGAGAAGCCAGGCAGGGCCAACGAGGUGAUCAGCCCCGAGGUGCUGAAGAUGCGGGCGGCGUUGUUCUGCAUCUUCACCUACCUGGACACCAAGACGCUGCUGAGGGCGGCUGAGGUGUGCCGGGACUGGAGGUUUGUGGCCCGCCAUCCCGCCGUGUGGACCCGGGUGCUGCUGGAGAACGCCCGCAUCUCUUCCAAGUUCCUUUGCACCCUGUCUCAGUGGUGCACACAGACACACUCGCUCAUCCUGCAGAACCUCAAGCCACGCCAGCGAGGCAAGAAAGAGACCAAGGAGGAGCACCUAAAGAGCACACGUGGAUGUCUGGAGGAAGGUUUGGAGUCCCUACUGAAGGCCACAGGGAGCCACCUGCUCAUCCUCAAGGUGUCACACUGUCCCAACCUGCUGACAGACCGCUCCCUGUGGCUGGCCAGCUGCUACUGCCGCGCCUUGCAGGCCGUCACCUACAGGAGUGCCACAGACCCGGUGGGUCAGGAGGUGAUCUGGGCUCUGGGAGCAGGCUGCAGGGACAUCAUCUCCCUCCAGGUGGCGCCACUGCACCCAUGCCAACAGCCGGCCCGCUUCAGCAACAGGUGCUUGCAGACCAUUGGUCGAUGCUGGCCACACCUCCGUGCCCUAGGAGUGGGCGGGGCUGGCUGUGGUGUACAGGGCCUGGCUUCAUUGGCGAGGAACUGCAUGCGUCUGCAGGUGCUGGAGUUGGACCAUGUGAGCGAGGUGAACCAGGAAGUAGCAGCAGAUGUGUGCAGGGAGGGUCUGAAGGGCCUGGAGAUGCUGGUGCUCACCUCCACCCCCGUAACCCCCAAAGCUCUGCUUCACUUCAACAGUGUGUGUCGUAACCUGAAGUCCAUCGUAGUGCAGAUUGGGAUCGAGGACUACUUCGAGGACCCCAACAGCCCCGAAGCCAGGAAGCUGUUUGACGAGAUGGUGAUCAAGCUGCAGGCCUUGAAAAAAAGACCUGGCUUCUCCAAAAUCCUCCACGUCAAAGCUGACAGCCUCUGCUAACACCCUCCACAUGCCAUGAGGGCGCAAAGGACACCGACCAUUUUGAAUCCAGUAACUCAAACAGACACAGUCAUUUCAAAAGCCUCAAUAUGACUGACACACUGGCCAUAUACCACCAUGCUGGACCAGGGGGAUACAAUUAUCCAGCCAAUGUUCAGUCAACAUGCACUCUGAGACUAAGCACAGAAGCUUAGUCUGCACAAAUAGCCACAACCUGAGCUGAAUCAGUGAAGAUCCCAGAAGAUCUCAGAAGAAAUAAACACUCUACUAGAAUAAAAGGGACAAAGUUCUGACUAGCACAGUAACUGGGGACCCUGCCUGACACCUGUCAAAUGAACAGAAACAGUAACAGUACAACUAGACAUUCUGGCAGCCAUUUUUUUCAUUUUCUCAUCACAAAGAGAGACGUAAGUUGGAGGAUGACAUCAUAAGAGUAGGUUCUGGAAGAUGAAUUCACAAGUGAGCAGAUUCUGCUGGAUGAUGUCACAAGUGAGCAGAUUCUGCUGGAUGAUGUCAUAAGAGAGCAGGCUCUAGGGGAUGACUUCAAAAGGGUGCAGACUCUAGGGGAGGACAGCAGAAGGGAGAAGGUUCCGGAGGAUGAUAAGGGAGUACGCUCUAUAGGAUGUGUUUGUCUCAAAGUGGAAGAUGUGUUUUGAUGUUUGAAGAAUUUGACCAUGCCCAGAGCCAAUAGCCAGAGACCCAGGUGUGUGUGUGUGUUUGUCUGUUUGUGUGUGUGUGUGUGGCACCUGGGGAGGUAGACAUAUUGCCCCCCAGAUUGGUCAGUAUUGAACUGUCUUUCCUGCCACCUCUGGAAAUGACUGCUUCACGGUGCCUGCUGCCACUUUGGGAAGAACAACACUGCUUUCAUCCAUCAUAAACAGAACUUUUACAACUCCAGACCUGUUAAAAAAAACGAACACAAACUGCUACUUACUACCUUUUAAGGAACCUGACAAAAAAAAUUAUCCCCCAGACC